AUGCCGACCGAGCAACUCAACAUCACCGUCGCAGAUCGCUUCAAACUCCUCAACUACCUAGGAGGAGGCGGCUACGGCGAAGUCUUCCUCGCCCAAGACCUCCAAACCAAAACAACAGUGGCCCUCAAACUCGAACAUCUCAGCACGCGCGACACCCUCGAGCAAGAACACACGAUCUACACGGCGAUCAAAGGCCCCGGCAUCCCGAAAGUCUACUUCUACCACCCGGGCAUCGACGACUACCGCUUACUAGCCAUCGAACUCCUCGGCCCCACCCUCGAAGAUCUCUUCAAUUACUGCCACCGCGAGUUCUCCCUCAAGACCGUGCUGAUGAUCGCGGACCAGCUGCUGCUGCGCAUGCAGCACAUCCACGCCGCGGGGUACAUCCACCAGGACAUCAAGCCCGAGAACCUGCUGAUGGGGCGCGGCCGGAAGGGCAACACGCUGUACAUCAACGACUUCGGGCUGGCGCGGAAGAAGUUCGUGAGUCGGCGGAACGUCAAGUGGUAUCGCGGGAAGUUGGAGAAGGAUGUCGUCGGCACGGUGUUUUAUGCGAGUCGCGCGGCGCAUUCGAGGCAUUAUCAAACCUACCGCGACGAUAUGGAAUGUGUCGGGUACACACUCGUCGAGUUCCUGAAGGGCGAACUCCCCUGGGAUUAUCUGGGCCAUUCGAAGCAUCGACCUAUCGGGGAAGCGAAGAGUCGGAUCACGGUACAGGAGCUGUGUCGCGGCUUGCCGGAGGAGUUUGAGUGGUAUUUUCACCAUGUGAAUGGGUUGCGGUAUAAUGAGUUGCCUGACUAUGAGUUGUUACGGGGCUGGUUUCGGAAGUUGUUUGCGCGGCGGCGGUUUGAGUGGGAUAAUGUGUUCGAUUGGACGGAGAAGAGGUUUUAUGAGUUGAGGGCGGAGCACGAAGGUAAGGAGGAAGAGGAUGAUGAUGAUGACGACGAUUAUGUAGAUUGA